AUGCCGCUUUUUACUUAUAUUCUAUUCUUUCUGAUCGGCAACGGUCUUUGCCAAGUUCCCGCCAAUGAGGAAAUGAACUACAUAGCCAGACGUAUUGCCGUCGCCGACGGCCCAUUACAAACACCAAGCCCUUACUUGCCCAACCCAAUCAAUUUUUUCCACGACGCUGCAGUUGACACCCUAAGUCAAACCCUUGCCAAAAGGAAAGCUGCAUGCGUGCGGCAUCACACCACAACCUCCGCCACCACCACCAAGGCAAGCCUAUCAUGUGGUUGGCAAGGACCAGAUCCAGACCGCGGUGACGGCCAAGCAGCCUGUGUUUGCAACGGCCGAACGCUUCCUCUCUUGACCAAUACCGCGGCGACAAAUGUUUACCAGAGCUGCGAUUAUACUUCUAUGCCUGGUCCAACUGUAACCAAUCCUAUCUCCAUACCGAGCACUACCUGGACAAGCAAUUGCAGGGUCUGUACGGAUAUUGGAGGAGCUGAAAUCUAUACGUCCACUUGCACAACACAACCAGGUUGCAAGCCAACACCAACAGCGACAGUGGAGGUGAGACUGUCGAACAACUCCAUCUUAGCAGGGGACGUCAUGGGUGUCGACCAAGGGGCAACUUACAGAAAGACGGCAUAUUCCGCAUUGCAACAAAAAUGUUCCGGUGGGGCAAAUAAAUGCGAUUCCACUACGGCGGCUGCACUCAAGAACAUUCCUAUUUUGGAGGGCGGCCUUGGUGAAAUGGAGGAGAUCUUGUUCACGGUUCAACAGAGCGCAUAUAGUAGCUCAGAAAACCGAGAUAAAAUGAUGGCCGCCGUGGCGGUGGCAUGGUUCAAUGCAACCAAAUGUCAAGAAGAGACGUAUAAAACUGGGAUUACUGUGAGUAGAACUACCACAAUACACAUUCCAGCUCUAAUCCUCAAUCCGCGACAGAAACGAGAAGCAAGCCCUUGUGUCGACUGCGACCCUCCUCCAGUGCACGAAGCACACACAACAAUCUGUGUAGGACCAGACGAGAUUGGUAUGCUGUCUGAAAUAUUUGGCGAACAGUAA